AUGGCGUACCGUAGAAAGCAGGGAGGACUUUCUAGGUCUUCUACGUUCAAGGAAGAGAUUCGCCACCAAGAUCAUGACAUCAUCACCACCUCCGCCUCCUCCUCCACCGCUCCGUCGUCACCUCUGGCACGGAGAACAAAUGCUAAUUCCCCAUCCCAAUCGCAGGCUGCUCGUCUUGACAGUUUUCUCUCCUCAGGUGCCUUUCACUCCUCUUUAAAAGACCGAUCCAAGGGUUCUGCAACCUAUGAUUAUACUUCGAUGAGGAGUACAAAUGAAGCAGGAGGGUUUUGGGGCGUUUUAGCAAGGAAAGCUAAAUCCAUUCUGGAUGAUCGUCAAUCUCCCACCAGCAGCCUAAAGCCAAUAGUUACUACUUUCUCAACAAGUAACCACCAUGGCAUUCAAUAUGAAGCUUAUUCCAAGAAAAUUGAUGAUAGUCCAACAUCAGGGAAUGGGAUGCAUACAUCACUCACAUCUUUUUCACUUAAUCAAAUUGGUGACACAAUUGGGAAUGCUCUGGAGGAAGCAGCAAAGAAAAGUGAAGAUAGGAUCCAAGAAACAAGUGCAGCUGGUAACAGUAAAAGAUCAGCAUUGAAUGAUGAAGAAAAGGAUUAUGCUGAACCCAUCCAAGAAAGUACUCAACUCAAGGCUUCACGCCACGUUGCAAUUGCAACAGCUGAUAAGGCAAAACAACUUGCUCGGGAGCUCAAAAGUGUGAAGGCGGAUUUAGCUGUUGCAAAAGAACGAUGCUGUCAGCUUGAAGAAGAAAAUAAGAUUCUACGAGAAAAGGGACCAACAGAUGAUGAUAUGAUUCGGGAUCAGCUUGAGACGCUUUUGGCGGAGAAAGGGGUGUUGGCUCAUGAGAAUUCAGUAUAUGCUCGUGAGAACAGGUACUUGAGGGAAAUUGUGGAAUUCCACCACCUCAGCAUGCAAGAUCAUAUGCUCAUGUAUUUGGAUCAAGACGACGAUAAUCUUCUAUCUUCCUUUCAUCAAAUUCAUCCUGUCGUCUCUGAUUAA